AUGUCUCGAAUAGGACGUAUUGGAGAGUUUAACGAGAAGACGGAAAAUUUCGAUUCCUACAUAGAGCGGUUUGAGCACUACAUCACAGCCAAUCAUAUUCCUGACGCAAAAAAGUUCGCAGUUUUCCUGACUGUCAUUGGUGCAUCAACUUACGAAGUACUCAAAAACUUACUCGUUCCUAGUUCACCCGGCGAGAAGACGUACGAAGAGGCCAAGGCGGCAUUAAAGAACUUUUUUAGCCCAACAAAAUCUGUAAUCGCAGAGCGAUGCAGGUUUAAUCCCAGAUGUCAACAGGAACAAGAAAGUGUAGCGGAUUUUAUAGUGGAGUUAAAACACCUGGCUAGAAAGUGCGAAUUUAGACAAUUUCUACAAGAGGCCAUGCGAGACAGAGCUGUAGCGGGACUACAAAACGAACGAACGCAACAGGCAUUAUUUGCGGAACCCAAGCUCACAUUUGAAGUGGCGUGCAAGAUUGCGCUAGAGAGAGAGCAAGCGGGAAAACAGACAGCGUAUUUGCACUCGGAUGCUUCUAGAGAUAAAGUAGAAGCCGUUCUAAAGACAGAAGUAACAAGAAAAGGCAAAGAAAGUGAAGCGUACUCAAAAGAAAUCGAGAAGUAUGAAGCAAAAACCGUACUGAAGGAAGGAGCAGUACCCGUUUUCUGCAAGCCGCGGCCCGUGCCUAUUGCCGUCCGGGACAAAGUAGCCCAAGAGUUAAGCAACCUGGAGGAAGCCGGCAUUAUUAAACGUGUGUCACAAAGUGAAUGGGCGACGCCACUGGUGGUUGUUCCUAAGAAGACAGGGGACGCAUACAAUGUGCAAGAUAUUACAGUACUACUUCGCUCCCCCACGUGGUUCAGAGGCGAACCUGUAUUUUACACUUUCUCCCACAAGUAUGAGAUGUUCAAUUGUGGCCGGGUUGAGAGAGGAACGGCGCGCUCGCUGCAGAGCUCCUGCAACGGAGAACAGCCGUUCGGCCGAGCCUGA